AUGGUUUUAGGUUUUGGAUCAUUACUAGGCUCCCCACAAGGGAGAUCUCAAACCGAAGCGCCGCGUCCUGAGUUUACUCCUAUUGGAAAAAGAAAUGGAUCAACUUCUUCUUUUCAAGUGUAUCACAGCUACCCAGAGGAACCGAAACCACAAACAUCGCCACCUAGAAGGAAACUAUUUCGUCCAUUAGCAGACUCCAACCUUGCUUCCCACUAUUCUCAUGAUUCAGGAUUAUUUGAUGACACCGUUGAAGAUUUUGAAAAAGUCUCCCCUAUCCGUCCACAACUUUCACCAAUAACACAAAGAAAUAGAAGGAGCCCAGAUAGACACGCUUUUAUUACCGAUGACAGCGGCGGGAUCGCCGCAAGACAACUGGAAGAAACCAUUAAAGAAUUGCGACUGGAGAAUUACGGUUGGAAGAUUAAGUAUAAAGAACUUAUCAGAUCAUUGGAGAAUAUGCCUGCUAAUGAAAGGGAAGUAAGAAAAGAAAACAUUGAAUUAAAGGAAAAGUUGGCAACAUUACAUCAGCAUGUUCAACAGUUGGAAUCGCAAAUUGCCGAAUUACAGAAUAAUAAGGAGAAUAUUAUCAGUAACAGUAAUGAUUCACAAGAAAAGAGUAACAUUAUCCAGCAGUUAAAUCAUCAAAUUUACGAAUUGCAAAAACUGUUAUCGUCUGAACAGAAAGCUGAAAACAAAUUAAAAGAAUCACAACUUGAAAAUGAAGAGAUAAUUCAAGCCUUGAAAUCUGAAAGAAACGAGUUGACAUCAAAAGUUUCUGAAUUGGAAGACUAUAUGAAACAUUCUGAAGUCGAAUUUGAUGUUGUCAUGAAACAGAAUGACGAAUUUCAAGCAAGGAUUCACGAAUUGGAAGCUGCAAUUGACAAAUUACAUCGAACUGAGGCUGCCGCUAAUCAGCAACAGUCUCAACUGAGAGAGAGCUCUGAACUCCAGAUUGAAAAAUUAUCUACCGAAUUAGAUAAACAACAAGAAAUGAACCGACUUUUGGCAUCAAAAAAUGAGAAUCUUGAAAUGAAUUUGUCUGAAAAAACCAAUAAUGUAAAAGAGCUAAACAACAAAGUUUUGAAUCAGGCCCAAGAAAUUAACUUACUUGAAACAAAAUUGGAUACCCUAAAGUCUCAGUUUGAAAACAACUCCGACGGGACUGAGAAAUUAAUGAAAAACUUAGAACUGCUUCAAAACAAAGUACAGACACAAGAAGCCUUUAUUGAUGAAUUGCACAAUGAACAAAAGACCAUUGAUAAUGAGUAUAGAGCAAAGAUAAGAGAUUUAGAAUACGAGAAUAGUCAAUUAUCUGAAGAGAUUCAAAGAAUAAGGACAAAGAAUAGUGAAUAUGAUCCCAAGGCUAAGCAUUAUGAGAUUGACCAAUUAAAACAAGAAAAUGUUCAGUUAAAAGACAAAGUCAAGAAGUAUUUGAAUAAUUUCAAGGAGUUGAAAGACAAAGAAGUUGAACAUGCUCACCAAAUUGCAUUUUACGAGUUAGAGUUUGAAAAAGCUGAAAAAGAGAAUGAAAAACUUCGAAAAGAAAUAAAACUGUUAAAAGCCCAUGAGAAUGAGUUUGCUGAAAAUGAAGUCCACAAUAAGGAAACACAUAGGAAGCUAAAGGAAGUCGAGCGUGCAAACAAAGAGUUAUUGAAAAAAUUGGAGAAUCUUCAAUCUGAAUAUGCUACUGAUAAAGAACAGCAUUACAAAGAAUUAGCUGAACUUGAAAGGGUUUCGCUCUCAAAAGAAAGAGAGUUGACGAGGUUCCGAACCGAACUUGAGAAUUUGCAAAGUUCGGUUUCCGAAAAAACGGAAUUACGUGCUGACAAUGUCCACCUUAGUAAUCAGCUUGAGGCAUCGUGGAAAGAAAUUGCUGAUUUGGAGAACCAGCUUUCAGAAUUAAGGAUAGCAAAUUCAGAAAAGAAAGCUGAAGUCGACUAUGAGAUCGAAAACCUAAUAAGAAAAUUGAAGAAUGACCUAACAGAUUUGGAAAGAGAAAAUGCAAGAUUAAAGACCUUAGAGAUUGAAAAUAUUAAAUUAAAACAACAAGCAGACAAAUUUAUGGAUGAUCGAGAAUUAUACUCAGAUAAUAUUGAAUUGCUGGAGCAAUUGAAGAAGGCAGAGUCUGCCAGAGCAGCUGCUGAACAGAAAGCGUCUAAGAUGGAGUUGGAUAUCGCAGAUCUACAAGAAAUUGUUGAAGAAUUGUAUACGCGGAACAAGUUUUCCUUGCAUGACAAGGAAUCUACUGAGUUAAAGAACGAGGUUCAAGACCUUAAACACAAAAUCAAGGCAAGUGACGACUAUAUCGAGGACUUGGAAAGGAAACUUAGACUCUCGCUAGUUGACAACAACGUCAAUGAAAAAUUGCAAAAAGAAUUAGCCGAUGCAUAUGAUUUGGUUCAAACUUAUGAAAGCAAAAUGAAGCAAUUGGAAAAAGAAGUAGAUAAAAUCAAACAGUCACCAGAAUCGUCAACCAUUGAACAAUAUGUGGAAUUUCAAUUGAAGCUUACUCGAGAUGAGCUAGAGAAAGCAAACGCCCAAUUGAAAUCAACUGAAGAAAAGUACAAGAAACAAAUCACAGAGUUGCAAGAUGAAAAGCAAAAUAUGGAUAUCGAACUAUUAAAGGCAAGAUCCAACAACAAGGAUUUGAAUCGUCAACUUGAAGCUCUGAAUCAGGAAUUAUCAACAAUGACCAGAAACUGCAAGAGAUUAGCCAUAAAGGCAACCGAAUAUAGACGACUUGGAAAAAAAUUGGAUAACACAGACUGGAUUGAAUAUAUUCAAAACGAAAAUUAUUACUUUAAAGAAAGAUAUAGAGACACAAAUAUUAAGGCCCGUGACUUUAAGUUCUUGUAUAACUUUACCAUUAAUUCAAUUCGCAACUCGACCCAGGUGCUAGCAAAUAAGGAGGAUAAUAGUAACUUGGCAAAAUUAGGCAUUUACCCUGAGUAUGUGAAUUUAUCGAGGGAGAAACGACCAAAGUUGACAUUUGCAGCAUUGGCCAAAUUUGUGCUAGCAGCAGUCAGAAUUAGACGAAGAACCCGGGAUCAAGUGGAGAGAUACCGAGAGUUGACACGAGUUAGAGGAGAAGUAGAUGUGGCCAGACUUAAAUACAAUUAA